AUCGUUCUGCUGACCAGUUCGCAGUUGAUUUUUGCUAAUCCCACGGACAGUAUUCGAGGCGUGCGCCGCAGAGUGGCAUUCUUGUGUCCCCCGUUUGUGUUCUUUCACUGUGCCCAAAGUCAAGAAACUCCAACGCUAUGUGCACCUCCUCCCGGUGGAUAAUCUGCGCUCUCCUGCUGGCCGCGAUCGCGCUGGCCAACGCGGAUGUGUCGCAUGUUGUUGCAGGCAACCAGACGCCGCUGUCGGACAUCUGCCUGGGCUGCAUCUGCGAGGCCAUGUCGGGCUGCAACAGGGCGGCGUCCUGUGAUGGCAACGUGUGCGGCCUCUUCAAAAUCACGCAUCCCUACUGGGUGGACGCCGGGAAGCCCGUGCAGCAGGCUGACUCCCCCGAAGCCACCGGAGCCUUCGCCAAUUGCGUCACGGAGCCCUUCUGCGCCGGCCGCGCUGUGCAGAACUACAUGAGUCGCUUCGGGCAGGAUUGCAACAAGGACGGCGUGAUUGACUGCUCAGACUACCUGGCUGUUCACAUCCUGGGCGGAUACGGAUGCAGCGGCGAGAUUCCGGCCAAGUUCACGAACGCACUCAGCAAUUGCCUGUACCAAGCGAGCGCCUUCCAAAACGCCUUUCAAUAACUCGCGCGAAAAGAUGAUAAAGUGACGAGAUUAAAGGGCUUUUUAUAGAAGCACAGCAUAGUUUUCAUGUCAUGGUUUAUUUCAAACAUUUAACAAUUCUAAUCAUCCAGUCUAUUCAAGUUUAUUAAUGCGUAAACGGUUCUCUUGUCAUCCUAGAUAUUUGGUUUUAGUGUCUAUUCACGUUUUUUUGCAAUUCAGUUUAUCUCAAUAAUAUUAACAUUAAAUAAGUUUUUUUUAUUGAUAUUAUUUCAUUUUAUACUUGUUGAGAAAGUCCAGAGAAACGUCUCUGGAAAGAGCGAAAAGGUUUUGGUUUUUUCCCCAUAGAAAUUGACAAAAAUCUAUUAAGAUGAAAUUCUCUCAAUUCAAAAUACGUAUAUAUUUUUUCAUCGGUUUGUUUUUUAGAUGUGAAACGCUUUACACGAGAUAUUUUCUUUGGGAGAAAAAAUUCAAUUGGCAACAUUUUUCUGGCCUGUUUUCAUCUUUUAAUCUCUUAAUGAAUUUUAAUUUCCUUUUCUUCUUCUCUAAUAUCUUAAAUAUACACGAGACAAUUUCAUAAAGUAAUAAAUUUAAGGAAUAAUUGUGUCUUUAAAAAAAAUGAGCGAAAAUAGGGUAGAAAAUAUUGCUCAAGAUUUAAAUAUUGCUCACUAAAUUGAGAGAACAUAAAUUUCUGAUUUACAAUUUAAUUUCUUAAACUCUACUCUUCACCCUUUCAAUACACUUUUCUCUCUCUAAUCAUCGAUUCUCAUCGUUAAAAAUCGUCAGUCAAAAAUAGUUUCUUUUUCUCAUUUUUUAUGCUAUCUUUAAAUUUCAACUGACUCAUAAACAUCUUCUAUAGCUGAUUACAAUUCUGGAUAUAUAGAAUUCAACUUAUUCUUCUGUUUUUCUCCUUUCAAUUUGAAUAUUUCGGGUAUAUAAGUGAUUAUAUUCAAUGGUUAGUUAAAUUGCAAUGCGGUUUUCUCUCCUGGCAAUGAAACAUUGUUGCCAGAUGAGGGAAAAUGCAUCUGCAUUGGCAUUUUGUUAGAAAUCCUUUCUCUUGGAGAAAUUUUAUGUGGUUUCUUUUCCUUUUUUUGAAAUAUUCUCAUGUCGAAGAGUGGGAAGGAAACGAGGGCGGACAUAAGGUAUAUAUCUCUCU